AUUGAGGAUAGUAAAACUAUCAGGAUUGUUUGAGAGAAUAUUGUUGUUUUUCUUCUGUCCUCUUGAGUCCGGUGCUUCAUAUUUUUAUCCAGCAAGUGGCAGUAAUUCACAAAUUAUUAGAUUGCUGGCAGCUAGAACCCUAAAAGAAGAAUAAUAAGAAGACUGCUGCUCCCUGGAUAAACAUAACCAGCAGAAUUGUAGAAGAAAUUAAGACACUCCAAUUCUCCUCUUCUGAUCAGCUUUCCAACUUGGCUGAAGUUUGUCUCCAAAAACCAAGAGAUUCCACAAAAAUCAGUGUUCAGCUGCUUCAACAGGUUAAGCCCAAGGCACUCAGAAAAAUCUCCAGUACGUGCAAACGUUGUUGGAUACAUCCAACAAUGAAGCCAGGUCUAGUCGGGGAGGAAUCUCACCACUGUUCAGAGUGUGGAAAGAGUUUUACUACACAGCAUGAUCUCAACACACACCAGCACAUUCACACUAGAGAAAAACCAUUUCACUGCUCUGAGUGUGGAAAGAGUUUUAUUACACAGCCUAAUCUCAUCAAACACCAGCGCAUUCACACAGGAGAGAAACCGUAUCACUGCUCAGACUGUGGGAAAUGUUUUAAUCAUCAGACUAAUCUCAAACACCACCAGCGCAUUCACACAGGAGAAAAACCCUAUCACUGCACAGACUGUGGGAAGUGUUUUGUUACACAAAGUCAUCUCAUCACACACCAGCGCAUUCACACUGGAGAAAAACCCUAUCACUGCUCAGACUGUGGGAAGAAUUUUAUUACACGUACUCGUCUCAACACACACCGGCGCAUUCACACAGGAGAAAAACUGCAUCAGUGCUCAGAGUGCGGGAAGAAUUUUAAUGAUCUAGGAAAUCUACGACGACACCAGCACAUUCACACUGGAGAGAAACCAUAUCACUGCUUAGACUGUGGGAAGGGUUUUAUUACACAUACUCUUCUUAACAUACACCUACUCAAUCACGCAGGAGAAAAACCAUAUCAAUGUUCAGAGUGUGGGAAGAGUUUUACUCAACAGUGUAGUCUUAAAGACCACCAGCGCAUUCACACUGGAGAGAGACCAUAUCAAUGCUCAGACUGUGGAAAAAGUUUCAUUACACGUACUCAUCUCAACAAACACCAGCGUAUUCACACCGGAGAGAAACCGUAUCACUGCUCAGACUGUGGGAAGAGUUUUACAACACGGACUCAUCUCAACAAACACCAGCAGCGCAUUCACACAGGAGAUGAAUUGUAUUACUGUCCAAACUGUGGGAAGAAUUUUAAUAAUCUAGGAAGUCUACAACAACAUCAGAACAUUCACACUGAAGAGAACCCGUAUCAAAGCCCAAACUGCGGGACGAGUUUUAAUCUAAUGAAUUCUGUAAUCACACACCAGCUCAUUUACAUAGAAAAGGAAGAGCAUCACGAUUCAGAAGGUGAGACUAGCUCUAGGCAUUUAGAUUCAUCAGAUAACUCUGCUUCAAACAUCCCAGACCUCAAUACAGAUAUAAAAGUAGAGUGAAGGGGCAACUGAAGACAAAACACUACUCUUCCAUUUAGCUGUAUCACUGUGAUACAGUGCCGUGGAGACUGAUGUUCUACGAAAAGCCGUUAUUGGGACACUUUUGCUGUUUUGGAAAAAACUGAGAAACAAGUGAGAUUGGUCAGAAGAGCAUGUAUGAACUAUAGAAUAUAAAGCUAUCUGAUGUACUGGUAACCCCUCCCCAGGAUGGAAGCAUUUGAAAAGGUAUUUAGGUGUGAUUUGCUUUGCAGCAUGAAUCCAUUAUUAAACGCUGCUGCCACAUUCUGAUAGAUUCUGUUAAUUUAAUUUCUAUGUAGUUAUCAGUAUAAAGAUCUAAUCAUAAAAGUAUGAAUAUCUGUGUAUCUGUACAUUUUCGUAUUUAUAUUUUUCAUUUACACAUAUUUAGAUAAAUUAAUCAUUGGUUGGAUCAACUUUUUUUCAGUUUGGCAGAAGGGUACCUAAGGAUGCUCUCAACCUGUCACUUUGCUUUUAGUUCUCUCUCACUCUACACUACAAAAAAUAUAUAUUUAUACAAUGAAAUAAUCUAAUUUCAAGGCAAUAAAUCUUUUUUUCUUUGAUUAGAAUUCUUGUCCAAUAUUGUUUUACUUAUUGUAGGAAUAAUUUAUAUUAUUUAUAAUAAUUGUGGAGUAAUUUACCUUACUAUAACUAAUUUUAACUCAAAACCUUUGCUUAAUGCAAGUCUUACUUUUUGACUUUGUGAUUGCUUACUUAAAAAAAAUAUUACUAAUAAUAAUUGCUUACCCCAUUGGCAGUUUGAUUGUUGCUUUUACGUCUCAAUUUAAAUGCAUUCUCUCUGUCUCUUACUCCCUCUGUAAUUCUCUUUAUCUGUUGUUUUAUUGUCUGUAAUUCUCUUUCGCUCUCUAGGUUGUAAAUGUGUUAACCUAUGCAUUUAUUUUUUGUUCUUAAUUGUUUCCUUAUGCUUUCCUUGUAUGUGUCUGUAAUGUUUGUUUUUAAGUACAUUUUAAUGACAAUGAUAAUUUCUUCAUGUGUUUGUAUGACAAGACAAAUAUAGAAUUAAGAUUAUGCAUAUUGUAAAUUGUAAAGUUGUAACUGAUAACUGUGUAAAUAAAAUGUUAAAUGAUAUUGAA